UGACAUAAGGUGAUUGAUGUGGCAACAUGGCAAGAGGCUGUCAAAUAACUGUCAACAACUUGUCAGUCAUGUUUUCUCCCUAAACUUUUUCAAUGUUUUUUUACUGAAAAAUUGUUUAUUUUCCCUUUUAAGCUCACCUAAUAAAGCCUGAGAUCAGUAAUGAGCAGCACAUAAACCCCUCAAAAAGAAUAAUCAAACGAGAGGCCUAUCUAAUGAGAGCCAUGACAAAACCCCCGACAGACAACUUGCCCACCGUCAAAUUGGUGGUGGUAGGAGACGGUGGGGUGGGCAAAAGUGCCAUCACGAUACAGUUUUUCCAAAAACUCUUCGUUACCGACUAUGACCCCACCAUCGAGGACAGCUACAUGCAACAUGUCGAGGUCGAUGGACAAUGGUGCAUGCUCGACGUGCUGGACACCGCCGGCCAAGAAGAGUUCAGCGCUAUGCGUGAACAAUAUAUGAGAAAAGGAGACGGGUUCCUUCUAGUUUAUUCAGUAACUGACAAAAAUAGUUACGAGAACAUUAUUCAUUUUCACACACAGAUCCUCAGGGUGAAAGACAGAGAUACAUAUCCCAUGCUCCUCGUGGCCAAUAAGGUGGACCUGGUGCAUUUGCGGAAAGUGACCGAGGAGCAGGGCAGGGAGUUGGCCCACAAGCUGGGCAUCCCUUAUAUCGAAACUAGUGCCAAGGAUCCGCCUUUGAAUAUCGAUGCCACUUUUCACGAGGUGGUGCGUAUUGUGAGAAAUCAACCGCAAAACGACAGCGAAAAGAGACGCAAAAACACCCUCCAAGGGUGCGCCAAGUGCACGAUUAUCUAAUAAUCUUUCAUUGUGUAUUACGUUAAGCUUUAAUUUAUUGUUGUCAUUGUUUGGGCAAUGAUUUAUGAGUGGAAAGUGUAACAUUGUGCUGUUUUCUAUAUUUAUAUAUAUAUGUUUAGUUUGCUAUACAAAUUUAUGUGAUUCUAGGCCUACUUUGUUUUCUGUACUGUGAUAAUCACAUUUUUAAUUGGCCAUUAAUUGAAAAGCUCAAAUUUGUUUAUUUAGGGCCUAAUGUUUAGUGCUUUUUUUAUUUAUUAUUAUUAUUAUUAUUGACAUAAGCUCAAUACAAUUUACUUUUGUACUCAUCGUUUAAACAUUAUUGUAUAUUGUUAAUAUAUAUAUGUAUGUAUUUAA